AUGCAGCACAUUUUUGCCUUCUUCUGCACCGGUUUCCUAGGCGCGGUAGUAGGGGCCAAUUUCCCCAACAACAUCCAGAUCGGGGGAUUAUUUCCAAACCAGCAGUCACAGGAACAUGCCGCUUUUAGAUUUGCUUUGUCGCAACUCACAGAGCCCCCAAAGCUGCUCCCCCAGAUUGAUAUUGUGAACAUCAGCGACAGCUUUGAGAUGACCUAUAGAUUCUGUUCCCAGUUCUCCAAAGGAGUCUACGCCAUCUUUGGGUUUUAUGAACGUAGGACUGUCAACAUGCUGACCUCCUUCUGUGGGGCCCUCCAUGUUUGCUUCAUUACGCCAAGCUUUCCUGUUGACACAUCCAAUCAGUUUGUCCUUCAGCUGCGCCCAGAACUGCAGGAUGCCCUCAUCAGCAUCAUCGACCACUACAAAUGGCAGAAAUUUGUCUACAUUUAUGACGCCGACCGAGCUUACCAAGUUUCCGCAGCUUCUGAAUCCAGACUCAAAUCUUCAAUUGACUUAUUCAUUGUUCAUGCCACGAUUAUUAUAAAGCUGGAGAAGAAUGGCAUCGGCUAUCACUACAUCCUUGCAAAUCUGGGCUUCAUGGACAUUGACUUGAACAAAUUCAAGGAGAGCGGGGCCAAUGUGACAGGUUUCCAGUUGGUGAACUACACAGACACCAUCCCAGCCAAGAUCAUGCAGCAAUGGAAGAACAGCGAUGCUCGAGACCACACCCGGGUGGACUGGAAGAGACCCAAGUACACCUCUGCGCUUACCUAUGACGGGGUGAAGGUGAUGGCUGAGGCUUUCCAGAGCCUGCGCAGGCAGAGGAUUGAUAUCUCCCGCCGGGGAAAUGCUGGGGACUGUCUGGCGAACCCGGCUGUGCCCUGGGGUCAGGGGAUUGACAUCCAGAGAGCUCUGCAGCAGGUGCGGUUUGAAGGUCUGACGGGAAAUGUACAGUUUAAUGAGAAAGGACGCCGGACCAACUACACCCUCCACGUGAUUGAAAUGAAACAUGAUGGCAUCAGGAAGAUUGGUUAUUGGAACGAAGAUGACAAGUUUGUUCCUGCAGCCACAGAUGCUCAAGCUGGGGGUGAUAAUUCAAGUGUUCAGAAUAGGACAUACAUCGUCACUACAAUCCUAGAAGAUCCUUAUGUGAUGCUCAAGAAGAAUGCCAACCAGUUUGAGGGCAAUGACCGCUACGAGGGAUACUGUGUGGAGCUGGCAGCAGAGAUUGCCAAACACGUGGGCUACUCCUACCGUCUUGAGAUCGUCAGUGAUGGAAAAUACGGAGCCCGAGAUCCUGACACAAAGGCCUGGAAUGGCAUGGUGGGGGAGCUGGUCUAUGGAAGAGCAGAUGUGGCUGUGGCUCCCUUAACCAUCACCUUGGUCCGGGAAGAGGUUAUAGAUUUCUCCAAGCCAUUUAUGAGUCUGGGGAUCUCCAUCAUGAUUAAAAAGCCACAGAAAUCCAAGCCAGGGGUCUUCUCCUUCCUUGAUCCUUUGGCUUAUGAGAUUUGGAUGUGCAUUGUUUUUGCCUACAUUGGAGUGAGUGUCGUCCUCUUCCUGGUCAGCCGCUUCAGCCCCUAUGAAUGGCACAGUGAAGAGUUUGAGGAAGGACGGGACCAGACAACCAGUGACCAGUCCAAUGAAUUUGGGAUAUUUAACAGCUUGUGGUUCUCCCUGGGAGCCUUCAUGCAGCAAGGAUGUGACAUUUCUCCCAGGUCCCUGUCUGGUCGCAUCGUUGGUGGCGUCUGGUGGUUCUUCACCUUGAUCAUCAUUUCCUCAUAUACAGCCAACCUGGCCGCCUUCCUGACUGUGGAGAGGAUGGUGUCUCCCAUCGAGAGUGCAGAAGACCUAGCGAAGCAGACAGAAAUUGCUUACGGGACGCUGGAAGCAGGAUCUACUAAGGAGUUCUUCAGGAGGUCUAAAAUUGCCGUGUUUGAGAAGAUGUGGACGUACAUGAAGUCAGCGGAACCAUCAGUUUUUGUGCGAACCACAGAGGAGGGGAUGAUCCGAGUGAGGAAAUCCAAAGGCAAAUACGCCUACCUCCUGGAGUCCACCAUGAAUGAGUACAUUGAGCAGCGAAAGCCCUGUGACACCAUGAAGGUGGGAGGUAACUUGGAUUCCAAAGGCUAUGGCAUUGCGACACCCAAGGGGUCCGCCCUGAGAGGUCCCGUAAACCUAGCGGUUUUGAAACUCAGUGAGCAAGGCGUCUUAGACAAGCUGAAAAGCAAAUGGUGGUACGAUAAAGGGGAAUGUGGAAGCAAGGACUCCGGAAGUAAGGACAAGACAAGCGCUCUGAGCCUCAGCAAUGUGGCGGGCGUGUUCUACAUCCUGAUCGGAGGACUCGGACUAGCCAUGCUGGUUGCCUUAAUCGAGUUCUGCUACAAAUCUCGUAGUGAAUCCAAGCGGAUGAAGGGUUUCUGUUUGAUCCCACAGCAAUCCAUCAAUGAAGCCAUACGGACAUCGACCCUCCCCCGAAACAGUGGGGCAGGAGCCAGCGGCGGUGGCAGUGGAGAGAAUGGCCGGGUAGUCAGCCAUGACUUCCCCAAGUCCAUGCAAUCAAUUCCCUGCAUGAGCCACAGUUCAGGAAUGCCCUUGGGAGCCACGGGAUUGUAACUGGAGCAGACGAAGACCCUUGGGGAGCAGACUUGGGCUCCCCCAGCCCCAUCCCAAACCCUUCAGUGCCAAAAACAACAAAAUGAAACGCAACCACCACCAACCACUGCGACCACAAGGAGGAUGAUUCAACAGAUUUUUCUGAAGAAUUGAAAAACCAUUUUACUGUCCCUUUUCCUUUUUUGAUAUUCCUUCACCCUUUUCUGUUUGCUAAAUGAGGAUGAUGAAUAACACUGUACUGCAAUAAGGGGAGGGUAACCCUGUCUAAUGAAUCCUGUGUCUCUGACAGUGGAGCCACUGGAACACUAAUGAGGGAAACUGGACUGUUUUCUUUUAAUUCAGUUGUUGAUUGUCUU